AUGCCCACGAGGACUUUCGGCCUUCAUUAGUCUGCUCUCUCAUCGCCCUUCUGCGUGCUGUCCCUCGUUCAGAUCUGACGGCAGGCCGUUGUUGGUUUCCCCUGAGUGAUCCUCCACAAUCUCAACUAGUACCACUCCGCUCCCUGUGGUAUUCAUUUACUUUUCUCGUCAUGAUCUCGCAGACUCUGUCCGGCCUCGUCAUCAGACGGUCCGAGGCCAUACCCGGCGUGGCACACCCGAAACUGCCCAGCAUCAGCCAGCUGGACCUCGUCCCGUCGCCUCCGCCCUCUCCUGGCCGCGAUCAGGGGGACCACUGUUUCCAGAAUCACCAGCUCACCAUGCCAACCAAAGACCGUGCACAUGUGGGCGGCUUGUCAAAUAUCUCGGCCCCUUCCCCGUUCCCAACAUGCAACGACACCAAGAACAGCCUGGGCUGCGGGCUACGAGGCUCUCUGCUUGUCCACGUCGAGCAACGCCUCCCUCCGAUAUCCGAUCUGCUGAGAAACAUACCCCCGCUGCUGGGCCCGCCUAUGGCUUGCCCGGUUUCUCCCCCGACGGCUCUCCCAUCUCCUGUUAGCUCAACCUCCUCCAUGUUUGCCGCCGGCUAUCCGACCUGGACGUCGCUUCCUCCACGAUCGCAGUCAGUAUCUGGCUACUAUCCGGGGUUCAUGCCCCCGAGUCCUCCCCCCCUGGGCCCGCGGAGAGCAUCGGCAGACUGUCUGCUCGCCAACACUUGCUCCACCUUUCUCUCAAGCCGACCCUCCGCCCGUCACCGCUCCAGCCCCGACCGUGAUCGCGACCGCCAAAGACGCCACCUCAAAACCGUCCGUCGCCGGCAUGGCGGCUCGCCCCCCUCCACCUCCUCCGCUUCCUCCACCACCACCCCCACCUCUUUCUCCUCCUCCUUCUCCCACGCAGCCCAACUUCAUCCCAACAACCCCCUUUCCUCAAGCCAAAGCCAUGACUCAGACUCCACCACCACCCCAACCACCCCCAACCCGCCGGCGCCGUCGCCAGCGCCCGCGGGAAAGGAAAAGGCAAAGGCCAAAGAAAAAGAGAAGCGCAACAACCAGCCGUACACGUUCGAGCAGGAGGCCUUCGUCAUCUACCACCGCGUCGAGCUCGACCUGCCGUGGGACCGCGUGCGCGAAGCCUUCAUGGCCCGCUGGCCGGCCCCCGACCGCUCCGUCAGCGGCCUCGAGUGCGCCUACUACCGCACCAACGGCCGGCUGCCCGCCACCACGCCCGACGGGCUGCUCGUGCUGGUCGAUCCCGAGGCCGAGGCGGCCGGGAUGGGGCGGGAGGAGAAAGGGUUUGGUGGGGAGGGGUUGGGGUGGGCUCAGAGGAGAAAGGGUGUGUGUGAGCGAGCUGGGGAGGGGUUGGUGGAGGAGGAGGAGGAGGAGGAGGAAAAGAACAAGGGGAAAGAGGCCGCCGGCGACGGCGGCGGCGGCGCGGGUCAGUACCUGUACUACAGGGGCGUGGCCUACCGCACGCGGGCGGUCAAGUGUCGUCGGGCGAAAAUCUCGCUGAUGGAGCGGUUCCCUGAGGAGCUGGUCGACGAGCGGAACGACUGGGUCAGGCAUGAGCAUCGGGUUAUGGCGAGGGAUAUCGCCACGGAAAUAAUGGAAAACCGUCCAUACCCCUUUCCCUCAAGCUUGUUUCAUGUGUUCCUUUCCCAAGUGUACUACGGCCUUCUGCCACAAGAAGGAUUGGUAGCAAUACGACAACUGGAAGCGAUGGAAACCGUUUGUGAACGCUGAAAAAUACGGGAAACACAGGCCAGUUCUGAACUUUGCCGUCUUCAUCUCUCUGCCUUUCUCUUUCCUUACUUCAAGGAAGACUGCUGGUUGGGAUAAUGUUUGAUGAUUUCAG